UUGAGCCAGCUUCACACCGGUUAACGUCGUUGUAGCUAAGAAUGUAAAGUAGUUUUUUUCAGGAGCCUGUGCUUUUAAGUAGACUACUCUUCUUGUCUAGUCUCUCACAUAGCGAAGGCUUCUCAGAAAAUACAUUUUCACAUUUCAUCGGUCUUACCUGUGAAUCAAAUUGGUAAAAAAUGUCUGCAAAAGCAAUUCGGGAGGCAACUGGAAAAGACCUCAUCAAUCGCAAACUUCCCAAUGGUACAAAUGCAGUUAAAUGUCGAUUUGUGUCCAUCACAGAAGACACAAAUUGGGCAGAUGUUGUAAAUACCAAUCCAUGGCUUCAGACAGAGAAAUUGGUUGUGAAGCCUGAUCAGUUGAUCAAGCGACGUGGAAAACUUGGCCUUAUUAAAGUGAAUGCAGAUUUACCCACGGUCAAACAAUGGAUAGCUGAGAGAAUUAAUAAGGAUCAACGAAUAGGAAAGACAACUGGAAAACUGAGAACAUUUAUCAUUGAACCAUUUGUUCCCCACAAACAGGAAGAGGAAGCAUAUGUUUGUAUCUACUCCCACCGGAAAGCUGACACUAUUUUAUUCCAUCAUGAAGGAGGAGUUGAUAUUGGAGAUGUUGAUGCUAAAGCUUUAAAACUUGAAGUAUCUGUUGGAGAAAAGGCCCCAGAUCAAUCUAUGAUAAUGGAGAAGUUAUUAGUACAUGUGGCAAAUGAUAAAAAAGAAACAAUUGCCAAGUUUAUCGAAUCUCUCUAUAAGCUUUAUGUUAAUUUAUAUUUUACUUAUAUGGAGAUAAAUCCAUUAGUGGUGACAGACAAUGGAAUUUAUAUACUUGAUCUUGCUGCUAAAUUGGAUACAACUGCAGACUUCAUAUGUAGACCAGACUGGGGAGAAAUUGAUUAUCCACCACCAUUCGGACGGGACGCGUAUCCAGAAGAGGCCUAUAUCGCUGACUUGGAUGCUAAAUCUGGGGCUAGCUUGAAAUUGACUCUUCUUAAUCCAGCUGGUCGGAUAUGGACUAUGGUUGCUGGCGGUGGUGCAUCUGUAAUAUAUUCAGAUACGAUUUGCGAUUUGGGUGGCGCGGACGAACUAGCUAAUUAUGGCGAGUAUUCUGGUGCACCUAGUGAACAGCAAACUUAUGACUAUGCAAAAACUAUUUUGGGCUUAAUGACAAAAGAAAAACGAAAAGAGGGAAAGGUAUUAAUUAUCGGUGGAGGUAUCGCCAAUUUCACGAACGUAGCUGCAACCUUUAAGGGUAUUGUAAAGGCAUUACAAGAAUAUCAACCGAAGCUUGUAGAACACAAUAUACAAAUAUUUGUAAGAAGAGCAGGACCAAAUUAUCAAGAAGGUUUAAGAAUUAUCCGUGAAGUUGGUAGAAGACUUGGUAUACCUGUUUAUGUAUUCGGUCCCGAAACUCAUAUGACAGCGAUAUGUGCGAUGGCUUUGGGUAAAAAGCCAAUUCCAGAUCCCGAAGCUCAAGAAUUUUCUACCGCGAAUUUUCUAUUACCUUCAGGACAAGAUGUAGGCCCAGCGGCUCCUUCAAAGAAUGCUUCUUGCUCACCUACCAAACAACCCAAAUUAAAAGCAAGCAGCUCUGUGGAUGCAUCAACGAAACAACUUUUCAGUAGUAAAACUAGAGCUAUUAUUUGGGGAAUGCAAACGAGAGCCGUGCAAAGUAUGCUAGACUUUGACUUCGUUUGCCGCAGAUCUGAACCAUCUGUAGCCGCUAUUGUAUACCCCUUCACUGGUGACCACAAACAAAAAUUCUACUGGGGCCAUAAGGAGAUACUCAUCCCUGUUUACAAACAAAUGAAAGACGCUAUGACUAAACAUACGGAUGCAGACGUUAUGGUCACAUUCGCAUCUUUAAGAUCUGCUUAUGAAAGCGCAGUUGAAACGUUGCAGUUCCCUCAAAUUCGAACGAUCGCUAUUAUUGCUGAAGGUAUACCCGAAAAUAUGACAAGAAAAAUAAUUCUAAUGGCACAGGAGAGAGGAGUUACAAUUAUCGGUCCAGCUACUGUGGGAGGUGUUAAACCAGGUUGUUUCAAGAUCGGUAAUACCGGUGGAAUGAUGGACAACAUUCUUCAUAGUAAACUUUAUAGGCCUGGCAGCGUCGCGUAUGUUUCUCGUUCUGGUGGUAUGUCCAACGAAUUAAACAAUAUAAUUUCGAAAGCUACUAACGGAGUGUUGGAGGGUGUCGCAAUUGGAGGAGAUCGUUAUCCAGGAACUACGUUUAUGGAUCACAUAUUGCGUUAUCAAGAAAAUCCUGAAGUGAAACUGAUAGUUCUUCUUGGCGAAGUCGGUGGCGUGGAGGAAUAUGAAGUGUGCGAAGCAUUGAAGUCAAAGAGGAUUACAAAGCCACUGAUCGCUUGGUGCAUUGGUACCUGUGCCAGCAUGUUCAAUUCUGAAGUGCAGUUUGGUCAUGCUGGAUCAAUCGCCCAUAGUAAUUUGGAAACGGCUUCUGCGAAGAACGCUGCGUUGAAAAGCGCUGGUGCUAACGUUCCGCAAAGUUUCGACAGUCUUGGAGAUCUAAUGCAGAACGUUUACGAAAUACUCGUAAAAACAGGAAAGAUUGUUCCAGAACCCGAACUUCCACCACCAACCGUUCCCAUGGACUACAGUUGGGCUAGGGAACUCGGCCUAAUACGAAAACCAGCGUCAUUCAUGACAUCGAUAUGUGACGAACGUGGUCAAGAAUUAUUGUACGCUGGAAUGCCCGUUACUGAGGUUCUUAAACAAAAUGUAGGAAUUGGUGGUGUAGUCUCAUUAUUGUGGUUCCAGCGGUGCUUGCCAGCUAUGUAUUGUAAAUUCCUUGAGAUGUCUUUAAUGUUAACAGCUGAUCACGGUCCAGCCGUGUCAGGAGCCCAUAAUACUAUUGUUUGUGCAAGAGCUGGUAAAGAUUUAGUCAGCUCUUUGGUGUCUGGACUUCUAACUAUCGGUGAUCGUUUCGGUGGAGCAUUAGAUGGUGCGGCUCGUAUGUUUUCUGAAGCCUACGAUGCUGGAUUACAUCCACAAGAAUUUGUGAAUAAUACACGUAAAAAGGGUCAACUUAUUAUGGGUAUUGGCCAUCGCAUAAAAUCAAUAAAUAAUCCAGAUAUGCGAGUAAAGCUUAUCAAAGAAUUCGUAAUGGAGAAUUUCCCUGCUAAGCCGUUGGUUGAAUAUGCAUUGGAAGUUGAAAAGAUAACUACGAGUAAGAAACCUAACCUAAUUCUUAACGUGGAUGGUAUGAUUGCAUGUGCCUUUGUGGAUAUGUUGAGGAAUAGCGGAAGUUUUACUAGAGAAGAAGCACAGGAAUAUAUCGAAAUUGGUGCUAUAAAUAGUUUGUUCGUUCUCGGUAGGAGCAUAGGUUUUAUUGGUCAUUAUAUGGAUCAAAAGAGAUUGAAACAAGGCCUAUACAGACAUCCUUGGGAUGACAUUUCCUAUGUAUUGCCGGAACAAUAUAAUUGAAUUCAUCUUUCAUUUGCAUUGUCUGUCGUAAACGCAUAAUAAAUGUUACGAAUUCAUUUAAAGUUUAGAUAGUUACAAUGGUCAUGUUAUACGUGCUAGCUCAUAGCCGUAAAAGACAGAUUAAUUUUUAGAACAGAUGCUUGUGAGCUAUCGUAUAAUAUACUAUGAAUAUAUUCAUUGUCGCGGAUCGAAGUUGUAUUCGAUGAAACCGCGGUUCAAAGGUUUUAUGUCGACAGUAAUUUAUAAAGAAUGAGACACACGUUAAAUAACAAAUAUUAUUCAUAUAAUUAAACAUUCCAUAGAGCAUUUUUUAUUUAGCCAAAAACGUGGGACACAAAUCGGAAAGAUUCGACGAUUAAUUGUCGACCAAUGUGCAGUACUAAUAAAUUAGGUUUUAUUGGCGUAAUUUAUCUAAGAUAGCACAAAAUAUAUUUUUUCCGAUAAAUGAAGAUAUAAAUAUUAUUUGAGGAGCUUUCUAUUAGAUGGGUUUAAUCAUGUAUGUGUACGCAUACGUGUAUACCAUUACAUACGUGUGUAUAAAAAAAAUGUGAUGGUACGCACAUAUUAUAUAUGUGUAUAUGCUACAUCAACAAUUCUCUGCACAAGGUAGUUUAUGAUUUACGUAUAAAGUAUGCAAAAUAAUAAAAUAUGUUCAAUAUUUAAGCAUUAUCCUUAACUUCUUAUUUAGUCAUACUGAAACCUUGAAAUCUAAUACUAUGUUAAUUGUAGAUAAAAUGUAGGGAAUGGUUGCCUUGUGUCAGUAUUUUCAUAAAUAAAAGAUGUAAUAUCUUAAUAAUACAAAAUGGAAAUAAAGGAAUAAAGAUUA